AUGUUAUCUAUGUGGUUUUUACAAAUAUUUACUCUUAUUAAAGCUUUACCUGGUUAUGGCUCUUCUAAUGGUUUGGAAGUGGCUGGAAUGACAAGAAUGGAGACCCUGGACGGAGCACCAAAUGCAAGCCAACCUGUGUUACAAGCAUUGGACUUGGUCGAGGAUGACUGGUGUCUAGGAUCAUUUAUGAAUCUAGGGGCUGGAUCUAGUGCUCAAGCCGUGUUGUUUCAUGCUGGAGUCCUUGGAAGUCCUGCCAUUUGCGCUACCUACCUUGAUGGUCUUAAAAUGUCAGAUGUACUGCUAGUGGCAACCCUUCCUUCUCUCCGAACCCAUGAUGAUGAUGACAUUCAAUUGCAAUAUGAUACAAAACAUCCAUUGUCGUUGACAAGAUACUAUGAUUGUCGUCUAUACAAUCAAAUCAAUCCUUCCUUUUAUUGUACGGGGAUUGAUACGGUAUCGCUGUCAGAUGAUAUACGCAAGGUACAAUGGUUGUCGUUUAUGAAAUCAAAUCUCGAAUAA